UCUUUGCAUCCAAUUUCGAUUGCAAUCUCCCUAAUUGUUCUAGAAAUCGGUUCAAUUUCAAGUUGGGAAACAAACCCUAGCGAACCUCCAUUGAUGUGAUCUCAACUCUCUUGAAAAUUCUCGUAAAAAUCUGGUCUUUUCUGGAGGGAAAUGCCAGGGGUAGCUGUGAAGCUGUAUAGCGUCUUCUUUAAGUUACUUUUGAAACAUCGUCUCCAGAAUCUGAUUUCAAUUUCAGCAGCUGAUGGGUUAUCUGAUUCGUUCGGUGUUUCGACCCGAUCCGAUGAAUCCGUCGCCGCCGCGAAUCCGUCUUUCACCGACGGUGUUGCGACCAAAGAUAUUCACAUUGAUCCAAUGACGUCACUCACCGUAAGGAUCUUUCUUCCUGAAUCUGCUCUUUCUCCACCUGAACCAGAUUCGUUACGUCAUAAGGAUAAUUUUCACCACCAAACCAGAUCUGAUCGGAGACAUAGCUAUGGCCCUAAUCAUAACUCUCCGGCACCGGCGGAGAGGAAUGAAUCUCGAAGGAACAGCUAUGGUUGCAACAACGAGAAUCUAGAACCGUACGGAGGAUAUGCGCCAUCUGCGAAGAGGAAUUCUCGAAAACUACCAGUGAUGUUGCAGUUUCACGGUGGUGGUUGGGUUAGUGGAAGUUCUGAUUCGGCGGCUAAUGACUUCUUUUGCCGGAGAAUUGCUAAAGUAUGUGAUGUGAUUGUAUUGGCCGUUGGUUAUAGGCUUGCGCCUGAGAAUCGGUAUCCUGCGGCGUUUGAGGAUGGAGUCAAAGUGCUGAAUUGGCUUGGGAAGCAGGCUAAUCUAGCUGAAUGUUGUAAGUCUUUGGGUAAUCGACGCGUCAAUGGCGUUGAGGUUAAGAAGUUGAAUGUUCAAGGACAGAUUGUGGAUGCUUUUGGAGCUUCCAUGGUUGAGCCUUGGUUGGCAGCUCACGCCGAUCCUUCCAGAUGUGUUCUUCUCGGGGUGAGCUGUGGUGGGAACAUAGCAGACUAUGUAGCUCGGAAAGCAGUGGAAGCUGGGAAACUUCUAGAACCGGUGAAAGUUGUUGCACAGGUUCUAAUGUACCCGUUUUUCAUUGGUAACAACCCAACACAGUCCGAAAUAAAGCUGGCAAACUCUUACUUCUACGAUAAGCCUGUCUCUGUUCUAGCCUGGAAACUCUUCUUACCAGAGAAAGAGUUUGACUUUGACCACCCGGCAGCAAACCCACUUGCUCAUAACCGCAGUGGACCACCUCUGAAGCUAAUGCCUCCAACACUUACAGUAGUAGCUGAGCAUGACUGGAUGAGAGACCGAGCCAUUGCUUAUUCAGAAGAGCUUAGAAAGGUAAAUGUAGAUUCUCCAGUUUUAGAAUACAAAGACGCAGUUCAUGAGUUUGCAACACUUGAUAUGCUUCUCAAGACUCCUCAGGCACAGGCCUGCGCCGAAGAUAUUGCUAUUUGGGUCAAGAAGUACAUUUCAAUCCGCGGCCAUGAAUUCUCUUACUGAAAAUUUUACCCUGUUAUUAUUAUUCAUUUUCUUCCUAUUUUUGUGUGAUAGCAAGAUUUUCUGGGUAGGUUUUAGAGACAAUCCAAGAUGGAGUCUUUUGCAAAGUUAUCAAAUUUAUUUUUUGGGGUUAAUUAUGUAUUCAUAUGUACGUAUUCUGAAUAAACCAUUUUGGUUCGA